AUGGAAGAUAUCACAAAUGGAAUAUGCAAUGAUGAUAGUUCAAUAUUUGAUGAUAUUGAAAUUGACAUAAAUGAGCUUGGGUUAUGCGGGGUAAAUGAAGAAGAUGGUCAUGUGACACAAGAGAUUGAUAGCCAGCAACAUGAAGAUGAACAUGAAUUGACUACACAAGAAGAUCAAGAAAUAACAAUGAGUCCACAACCUCAAGAUGAACGGGAGGUAAGAAUCUCAUUUGUUGGCAUGGAGUUUGAGGAUGAGGAUGAAGCAUAUCGAUAUUACUUGGAUUAUGCAAAGUCUAGAGUUCAUUGUUCUAAUGAUUUGAGGGGAGUUCGGAAGAACAACAUUGGGCAAGAAUGCAUGGCUGUUGUCAAGUUCUUCAAGGAAAAAAAACUCAACGAUGAUUUUUUCUUCUUUGAUAUGGAGUUUGAUGAGUUAGGUCAAACAAGGUGUGUCUUUUGGGCAGAUGGAAGAUCUAGAAUGGCCUAUUCACAAUUUGGAGAUGUUGUUAUUUUUGACACUACUUAUAAGACAAAUCGAUUUGGCUUCCCCUUUGCACCUUUUGUUGGAGUUAACCAUCAUAUGCAAUCUAUUUUAUUUGGUUGUGCUUUAAUUGCAGAUGAAAAAGAAGAAAGUUUUCUAUGGGUAUUCCAAACAUGGCUAAAAUGUAUGCUAGAGAAAUAUCCAAAAACCAUUAUUACAGAUCAAGAUUUGACUAUGGGGAAGGCUAUUGCAAAUGUUUUUCCAAACUCUAGCCAUCGACUUUGCUCUUGGCACAUUGGAAGGAAUUCAAUGAAGUAUUUAGUAGAUUUGAAGAGUAAAGAUGGCUUUAUGCGGGAAUACAACAACUGGUUGCAUCAUAGUGAAUCUAUUGAAGCAUUUGAGAAUAGAUGGGGUGAAAUUAAAGCAACAUACAACAUUGAUGAAAAACACUGGUUGAGCAAGAUGUAUAACAUUCGAAAUAAAUGGGUUUCUUUAUAUUGGCAAGAUAUAUUCAUAGCUGGAAUGACUACUACACAACGCAGUGAAAGUAUCAACUCAUUUUUUGAUGGAUUUGUUAAUGCUCAAACAGCAUUGGAUGAGUUUGUUGUUCAAUAUGAUAAAGCUUUGCUUGCUCGAAGAAAUGCUGAAGAAAAUGAAGAUUUCAAAACUUUGAACUCUGUACCUAACUAUCACACAAGUCAUCCAAUCGAGAGACAUGCAGGAGAAGUGUAUACAAGAGUUGUGUUUAAUAUCUUUCAAGUGGAAUUGCGAGAAAGUGAUAGUAUGCUUGCCGAACGAGUUCAAGAUGGGGGUAAUCAUACUAAAUAUGCAAUUUGUAAUGAUAUGGUUGUAUUUAUUAAAAACUGUACUGAAGAUGGGGAACCUUUUGCUACAUGCUCUUGUAAGAAAUUUGAGAGAGAGGGUUUGUUGUGUCGCCACAUAUUGAAAAUAUUUAAAAAAAAGGAGGUUGUAAAGAUCCCCCAAAGAUAUGUUCUACGUCGUUGGACUAUGGAUGCAAGGUAUUUGUCAAGUGUUAUGAUGGUCGAGACACACAACAACGCCUUUACACCUUUGAUGGAGUGGAAUGCACAAAAUAUGUGUUUUCGUAUUGCUCAAUCUAUAUCAUCCCAAGAGAUGUAUGAAAAAAUUAUGCCUAAGCUAAAUGACAUCUUCAAAAUGAUUGGUGAAAUGGCUAGUGUACAAGAACAUAGAUCAUGCACCGGCGGGCAAAAUGAGGAAAAUCAAGAUGUCAUUGGUUCCUCUUCGUGGCCUCCAUUCUCAAGUGAAGAAAACAUCUGUGGGUCACACAUUAGUAUUGUUGAUCCAAAACCUAUCAAAAGCAAAGGGCGACCAAGGGUGAAUACAAGGAUUGAGUCUAGAAUCGACCUCCAAUUAUCAUCUAAGAGGAAAAGGACUUGUAGUAGAUGUGGGAGAAAGGGGCAUUACAUGACUACAUGCACAUUUGGGCCACCAUGA